AUAGCCGCUGGCGCCGCGCACGUGCCCGUCCCUAUGACGCUGGACGGUGGAGGUGACUGGGUGAAAUGAACAGCUAAAGUGAUGUUCUGAAGUGGACGCCCGAGUCAACGGGUUAGACCCCGGCGGGCUAUGCAGUGUGCAGUGCAGCGGAACGUGUGAUUAUAAGUCGAACGGGAUUUCUCCAGUUUUAUGCGAAGCAAGACAAAGACGGCCAGCGGGGUCUUGAAAAGACAAACAGUGCUGGUGUGUUCGUGAGAGCUCUUGGACGGGGCACGGCUUGGCUCAAACCGGAAGUGUUUCGGGCAGCCUGGAUGAAGAGGUCUCUCCAAAAGCUGUCUGACCCGUCAACCGGUGACUCUGUUCAUCUCAGUCGGUGACUUACGAAGAAAGACCGUUAAUAAACCUGCGUGACCCCUUCAGCAUCUUCCACUGCAGGCGAGAAGGACGCAUAUAAGGUGCCUCGAGAGGUCAUCAAGCCACUGAGCGGACCCGCCAGCUGCCACCAUGGGCGAAGGUCAGGGCCAGGCGGACCCCUACCUCUACAUCCGCAGCUACAAGAUCGGCAUCUUCGGCUGGCGGAAGCGGUGUCUGUACGGCCUGCUGCUGGUGCUGCUGCUGAUGGUCAUCAUUAACCUGGCGCUCACGCUGUGGAUCAUGAAGGUGCUCGACUUCUCUGUGGACGGUAUCGGCGACCUGCGGGUGGUGAAGGGCGGCAUCGUGCUCGAGGGCGACUCGUGGGUGCUCAACCAGCUGGUGGCCAGCCACAUCCGCUCCAGCCGCCACCAGCCCAUCAGCUUCCAGUCCUCGAAAAACUUCUCAAUCAACGUGCGGAACGCCGUUGGGGAGCUCGAGUCCCAGCUGACACUCGGGUCGCACGGGCUGCACGUCAUGUCCAACUCGUUCCGGGUGACGGACAAGACGGGCGUCACCCUAUUCGAGGCCUCCCCGCACCAGGUCACCGUGGGCGCCAACACUCUCCAGGUCACAGGGAACGGAGGCGCCGUCUCCGACUGUGACCAGUGUCUCGCGCCGGGACUGACCCGCUCUCAUAUCACAGGGAACGGAGGCGCCGUGUUUGACGGUUCGGUGGCGACGCCGCUCGUGCUGGCAGAGGCCGGAGAUGAGCUCAAACUGGAGUCGGCCACACGGUCCCUGCAGAUCUCCGCGCCCCUGGGAGUGGCCAUCGAGUCCAGAGCGGGCGACAUCAGCGCCGCCUGUCUGACCGACCUCAAACUACAGUCCACAGGCGGCUCGAUUCGGAUCGACUCGCCGCGGGUGAUGCUGCCCAGCCUGCCGAUCGCCUCCACGACCUCUCAGCUGAACCUGAACCCGGUGGACACCAAGGCGUACCAGGUGUGCGCCUGCACCAGCGGCAAGCUGUUCGUCACGCCGGCAGAGGGCAGCUGUGUCGCCGACGGCACCACCUGCCAGUGACGGGCAGGACGGUCCGAGGGCUGGGGGCUUCCUACCGGGGUGCUGGGACGUCGGCACUGAGACCGGUGGGACUGAGAGCGAGGCCGGAGAGUCCAGUGACUCAUGGGAGAUGGCGAUUGGCAUCCCUACCCGAGUGGGUCUGUGCAAAAAAGGAUCGCCGAGGGAGGACCUUGCUGAUAAAAGGCAGCCGCAAUAACCGGGGAGUCGCUGUGUUACAAAGUAGGAGCUAAAUUUAUGGACGUCGUUAGGUGCAAUUACAGACUCGUCGAACUGCAGCAUAUAUGAGUGUUACGCUGCUACAUGAACUCCGAGCCAGCAGAGGCGUGCCAUAACAACCGCGUUACAUCAAGAAGACCGUGGCUCGUAAUAGAACAACCGUCUUUCUCCCGAGAUAGACCAACAUUGUUCAACACGCAUGGUGUUGGCAGUCAUACCCAGCCGGUCGUCCCACAACUCGCAUGGUUGUGCGAUAUAACGUGACCGGGCGAUUCUGCGACAGCGGUCUGUGAGCGUUUUCACGUCCCACCGCGGAUACGUGCCGCUGUGUGAAUGUGUUUAGAUGAACGGUACGCCGCUGAACUGUUUAGCGCUCCGUGACCGCCCUCAUUGCGCCGGCAGUGAGCCCGUUACGAUGAUAUUCAUCGCACUGGAGCGGCGAGACAGGUUUGAUAUGUGUUUGCUGUUAAUUUUAUCGUGAGGCCGACGGAUAAAAUGUAAAAAAUGCGCUAAAUGAACUUAUAGGAUGAAAACUAAUCGCUUUGACAUUGUUUCAAUCAAAUGUUAUUAGUUAUUGGUGAAAUGUUAAACAUAUGGAGAUGGUCGAUAUGUAAACGAUAUUGUGUCGUAAAACGAUGCGUCAGCAAGUGUUACCGUUUGACAGCUAUUGUUAGUCGCGUUAGCAGCCCUUCUUAGCAGCGUGGUAACUUGAAGGCGUGGGUCGGAAUAUCGUGUGGUGUAGCGUAACGUUCAGUGUCUAACGAUGCAUGACCCAAUGCUGUUGGACCAAUGCCGCCGACUGUUUCGCUCGUAUGAAACCACGAUGUCUGACAAUGUCGCCAUCAGGAUCAGCUGAAGACAUGGCAAUAAAUGCGAGAAACCAU